AUGGAAAUGCUUGACGAAAAAAUGAACGGCGGCCCACCAAUGGAGAUCAUCGAUGACGUCGUCUCUGUCCACGAUCAUGAGGCUUUCGCUGCGAAACACUUGCCGGACUUGGGCCACGAUGUCAAGGACUUCCAGGUCUACACAUGGAGACUGUCAAACUGGAAAAAACUGGAGAAGAAGCUAACCAGUCCAGAGUUCGAUUGUGGUGGCCAUAAAUGGCGUAUUCUAUUAUUUCCUUUCGGAAAUUCCAAUGCUCCACCCAAUGACACCGUAUCAGUAUACCUCGACUAUGCAGAACCCAAGAAAGCCCCAGAAGGCUGGCAUGCCUGCGCUCAGUUUGCCUUGGUUAUCUCAAACAUUCAUGAUCCCUCAAUCUACACUGUCAGCCAUGCUCACCACCGUUUCAUCGCGGAGGAGUGUGACUGGGGUUUUACUCGCUUCAGCGAACUGCGCAAAUUAUUCAACAUCCAGGAGGGUCAUCUUCGACCGACAAUCGAAGAAGAGUCCGCUGACGUCACUGUCUUCGUCCGCGUUCUCGAAGAUCCUACCGGUGUUCUGUGGCAUAACUUCGUCAACUACGACUCCAAGAAGGAAACUGGAUACGUUGGUUUGAAAAAUCAAGGCGCAACAUGUUACAUGAACUCUCUACUUCAAUCACUUUACUGCACACGAUAUUUCAGGAAGGCUGUUUACCAAAUCCCAACUGAAGACGAGCUUCCAAUCGAAAGCGUUUCUCUCGCACUACAACGAGUAUUCUAUCACCUACAAACAUCGGACCAACCAGUUGGUACGACAGAGUUAACAAAGUCGUUCGGGUGGAAGUCGAACGACUCCUUCUAUCAACAUGAUGUCCAGGAGUUCAAUCGUGUUCUGCAGGACAACCUAGAGUCCAAAAUGAAGGGCACCAAGGCGGAGGGCGCAAUAGCCAAGCUAUUUGUGGGAAAAAUGAAGAGCUACAUUAAAUGUGUUAAUGUUGACUACGAAUCAUCAAAAAUCGAGGAGUUCAAGGACAUUCAACUGAAUGUCAAGGGGAUGAAAAACUUGUACGAGUCGUUCAGAUACUAUGUUGCAGAGGAAACAAUGGAAGGGGAGAACAAGUAUCAAGCAGAGGGUUUCGGACUUCAGGAUGCUAAGAAGGGCAUCAUCUUCGAGUCUUUCCCUCCUGUGCUCCAUCUACAGCUUAAGCGCUUUGAAUACGAUAUUCAGCGUGAUGCUAUGGUCAAGAUCAAUGACCGCCACGAAUUCCCCUUCGAGAUCGACCUAGCUGAAUUCAUUGAUGACGCUUCGCCAGUCGGGUCGGAAUCGUGGCUGUACAGACUGUGUGGCGUGUUGGUGCACUCUGGGGACGUCAAUGGCGGCCACUACUUUGCACUGAUCAAACCGGACCGCGAGACGCGAUGGCUCAAGUUUGAUGAUGACCGUGUUACCCCCGUAACAGACCGCGAGGUCUUGGAAGAGAAUUACGGCGGCGAACCACUUAACGGUCACCUUUACCCGAUGCAACGCAACCAGCUUAGGACCAUGAAACGUUUCACGAAUGCGUACAUGUUGGUAUAUGUUCGUGACGCUAUGAUUGACGAGGUGCUGGCACCCUUUAAGGAGGAAGAUACACCUGCCCAUCUCAAACGCCGAUUGGACGAGGAACGUCUCCAUAUGGAAGCCAAGAGAAGGGAACGCGAGGAACAGCACCUGUUCCUGACUGCCAAGGUGAUCACAGACGAUACUUUUGCUCGCCACGAAGGCUUCGACUUGGCUACGUUUGAUGAGAAGAACUGGCCGCAAUCGGACUUGCCCACCUUCCGCGUCCUGAAACAAGAGACAUACAGCGUGUUCAAGUCGCGAGUUGCAGCGCACUUUGAGCUCCCCGACAACAAGGUCCGGUUGUGGGUUCUCGUCAAUAGACAAAAUAAGACCGUACGUCCCGACACACCCAUUCCGGAGAACGAGCCAGCACUCACUGUUGAAGUGAUUCGCAACAACAUGGCUGCGAGACAGAAUGAUCUGCGUCUGUACCUUGAUAUAAUACCAGACCCAAGCAAACCCGAUCCCCCGCCAGGACACAUCAUGAUAUUCCUCAAGCACUUUGACACAUCAAAACAGACAUUGUUUGGUGUCGGGAAGGUGCUCGUGUCGCGGAACAGCAAGGUGCAAGACCUUCAUCCCAUGAUCAAUGAGCGUAUGAGGUGGACACCGGGUACUCCUUUGCGGUUGUACGAGGAAAUCAAACCCAGCAUGAUUGAGUUGAUGAAGCCCAAGAUCACGUUUGCUCAGAGUGAGAUUCAGGACGGAGAUGUCAUUUGUUUCCAGGUUGAGCAAGCAGAGAAGGAACUCCAUGACCUCGAGAUUCAGGGCCUUUACUCGAACCCUAUUCAAUUCUACGAUUUCCUCCAAAACCGUGUGAUGAUUUUCUUCCGCCCCAGGUAUGAGGAACCGGACUGUGAUCACCCCGAAUUCAGCCUCGUACUUAGCAAGAAACACAAUUAUGACACAAUGUCUCAAAGAGCCGGCGAAUAUUUACGGCAUGACCCUAUCAAGUUGCGGUUCACCACCACUCACGCGGCUAACGGGGCUCCGAAGGCGGUCCUCAAGCGGUCCCUCAAUCAAAGUAUAGCGGAUUUCAUGGGAUCGGCUUAUGUGAGCCCGACGACGACGGUGAUCUUGUACGAGAAACUGGAUGUCAGUAUCGUUGAACUGGAGACGAAGAGGAGUCUGAAGAUCAUCUGGACGGGCAUCCACAACCGCGAGGAGGCAACCUAUCCAUUCUUGCUACCGAAAACGAGCAUGAUACAUGAACUGGCCGACCAUUUGGCGAAGGGAGUGACACUGACACCUGGAGGAACGAAUAAGAUACGGGUGUUCGAGGUUUCCAAGGACGGGAAGACACAGAAGGAGUUUACGGGUUCAGAGAUGAUUGGAAAUAUCCCUGACCCGGUGGAGCUGUAUGCGGAGGAAAUCCCGAGAGAAGAAUUUGAAGCCUCGGAGAUGGACAAGGUGAUUAGUGUGUUCCACUUCCACAAGGAGGUAUCGCGGACGCACGGUGUACCAUUCCGUUUCGUCGUCAAACCUCAAGAGAGGUUUGCUGACACGAAGAAACGUCUACAAGCGCGAUUAGGCGUCUCAGACAAGGAAUUUUCGAAAUUUAGGUUUGCCCUCAUACAAGUUGCAACAUUCAAGCAACCAUCGUAUAUUGAAGAUGAGGACAUCAUAUAUGAUCACAAGUUCGCACCCGAAGACUGUCUCGGCCUUGAUCACGUUGACAGGUCGGGCAAGGGGCGGCUGGGUGCUGGCGAGAAGGCUAUCGUUAUCCGAGGUUGA